AAUAGAUUCAUGCGAGAAACUUGCAUAAAUUAACAAGACCCCUUCGCUUAGUAUUUCGAAUUAUGGUGAACUCGCAAAACAAGGUUCGGAGAGGUGGUGUUCAACGGCGUUGAUUGAUGUAGCAAGUCAAUGGCCGACUCCAGAGAUGAGGCAAAUGGUGAGGGUCAUCUCAACAACCACUGUUCCGAGACCCUAAAACAGGAAGCUGAAGCGACAGAAGAUGUGGGACGGAUGCAAAAUCACACGGGCGAAGCCUCUGGUAUUGGUGAAAAUAAAGAGUUCAUGGCAGAUAGCAGUGAUGAUCUAGAAACCCGGGGUUCUGAUAAAUGUGAUAAGAAUACCACAUGUGUUGAGGAGUCCAUGGACAGAUCAGGUGAAGCGAAUCUUUGUGAAGACGUUGCUGGGGACACUUUGAUCUUAGGACGCUUAAAAAAAGACGACAGCGGCAUUGAAAUGGAAAAAUCGCCAAGUAAAGAAAGUGCUGCUUUGUCAGAGGAAAGUCAGACUAAUCCGUGUGAUUCUGAUGCAGUAAGGGACGAUUCUGGGGCAGCAAGCCAGUCGGAAAUGUCCAAAGAUGAUGCAAAAAAUUCACCAAAACUGGAAGAGGAUGAUUCGAUGAUGGAUAGUUCUUAUGUCCGCGACAUGGUUGACACUGAAGACAGUGAGGCGACUGGUGGUUAUGAUGUCACUGGUGCGGAUAACGAAUCGGGUUCAGACGUUUUAAGGGUGCGACGGAAACGGCAUCUAGGUCGCCGAUUGUCCUCGUCCUCUGAUUCUGAUAAUGACACUCGCAGUACGAGUAGUGAAAAAUCUGCCAAGUCAGCAAAAUCGAGCGAUUCUGAUACAGAAAUGGACGUUGAUUUGCCACCCAUAAAGCAAUGGCAGCUUUAUUACGAUAUUUAUAAACGGGAAUACGGUUUGAACCCCCGUCGUCCUCAGUCUAUAUUUCGGAGCCGUUUAACGAGUAAUAUUAGUCUAGUUCAGAGACUGAAGCUGCAGUAUAAGAUGGAGAAACACGAUGGAUGCGUGAACGCAUUACAUUUCAAUAACACAGGAACUCUAUUGGCCAGUGGUUCUGAUGACUUGAAGGUUGUGGUAUGGGAUUGGGCAAGAAAUAAAGAUCAUAUGGUGUUCGAAAGUGGUCACAGGAGUAAUGUGUUUCAGGCAAAGUUCAUGCCGUACAGUGGCGAUUGCCACAUCGUGACUUGUGCCAGAGACGGCCAGGUGAGACUGGCAGAGCUCUCACUCACUGGAGUAUGCAAGGCAACCAAGAAACUUGCUCAGCACAAGGGAGCUGCCCACAAGCUCGCCUUGCAGUACGACUCUCCCCAUGAGUUCCUCAGCUGUGGGGAGGAUGCCGUCACGUUUCAAAUCGACCUCCGACAAGAAAAAGCUAACAAGCUCCACCUUACGAAAGAAGGGGAUAGAAAGAUAGCAUUAUAUUCCAUCCACUCGAACCCAAGCAAUUCAUACGAGUUCUGUGUUGGAGGCAGAGAUCAUUACAUCAGGAUUUAUGAUAAGCGGAAAAUAACAGACGACGGCGAAGCCACGGUGAAGAAAUACUGUCCUCACCACAUGGUAGAUAGCGAACUGAAAGCUAACGUUACCUGCUGUGUCUAUAACUAUAACGGACAAGAGGUACUCGGCACUUACAAUGAUGAAGACAUUUAUUUAUUUGAUACGAACCACUCAGAUGGAGCCGAAUUCAUCAAACGUUACAGAGGACACAGGAAUAAUGCAACUGUAAAAGGUGUUAAUUUCUUCGGUCCGAAGAGCGAGUAUAUCAUCAGUGGUUCGGACUGCAGUAACGUGUUCUUGUGGGAGAAAGGGUCGGAGCGCAUUGUUCAUUUCUUCGAGGCAGAUGUAGGGGGCGUGAUCAAUGUCUUGGAGCCUCACCCGACCGGGCCAUUCCUCGCCACCAGUGGGUUGGAUUCUGACGUGAAGAUUUGGGCGCCGACGGCAGAGGAAGCUACCAAUCUGGAAGGAUUGAAACGCAUAACCAAGAAGAAUAAGAAGGAGAGGGAUGAGGAACGUAUGCAGGAACCAGAUGUGCUAGAUAACCAGAUGUUUUGGUUCCUGAUGCAUCAUCUCCGUAGGAGCUCGAGGAGGAGGGCCCGUGCCGAAGGUGAGGUAGUCUCAAGUUCAAGUGAGAAUAAUUCAAAUGAGAAUUCAGACACAGAAGAUUCUGACAACCCGGGAGAUGGUCGCGUACAGUGUGUGUCUUCAUAAAGUUGAGGAAGAUGUGUGCUAGAUCACAAAUGUGGACAAUAUUGAUGAGGUCAUGGAUUUGGUAUAGACAGUGUUGGCUGGGUGACAGACAGUGUUGGUCAAGUUGUGGUGUUUAUAAAUAGGACUUGACAUGGUUGCAGUAGUACUAAUUGUGUCUAUCGAGGCCUGGCCGGUGUGAGUAGGCAUGCUGGGAAUGUCGUCAUUUGCAUGAGUUCUGAUUGCACCAGUGAAGAAAGGGUGCAAGGUGUUUAUAUCUUUAGGAAGACAUUUGUUCUAUGGUCGAUUGUACACAGUGUGUUGGGGACAAACAGUUUUAUUAGAUAGGGCAUACAGUAUAUUGUGUUCAUAUAAAAGCCUUGGACAGUGGUGAUUAAUGCUUGUCUAUAUGUUGAGGAUGCAUGUCGUAAUGAUGACUUGGGAAAUGUUGGCAGAGGUUUGUAUUGAGAUGCCAUAAUAUGGGAGAUCCCUGAUGAAAAAAACCCAAAAUAAUGUGUAUUUUGAGAAGAGAAAACUACAGCCAAUCAUGAUUUUGCCGUUUGUCAAUCUGAACUAUUGGGCAGGUAGGCUAUAAAAGAGGGCAGCACACACGUUGCCUCUGCUAGUGUCGAGCCACGCUUUGGUUGAUGAACAUUUAAAAUGUAUGCUUUCUCUGUGUACUCUCAAUUGCUUUCAACUUAUCAUGAGAAAGAUUGUGGGGAUGUUUCUUUGUAACGCUUAAAAAAUGUGUAAAGAAGUUGUACAUAGAAUUAUGUAUGUAGUACACAAGAUGAAAUACUUACAACCUUUUGAAUUGUGUAUACAUUGAAAUCUUGAGGAUGGAUUUUUUUUCACACAUGUACAUGUAAUUUGGUCGCAGAGUUUAUCCUGUGGGUACUCCAAGGGUUGUUGGAUAUCCAAUGUUGAUGAAUCAUUUCCAACCAAUUUGGGUUAAUUUUUCCAAAGGUUACCUAUGAAGACCGCAUAUAUCUUGGGACAGUUUUCUGGCCUUAUUUGAAAGGAUAGCAUUGAGGACACCAGAAUGUCCAGGUUUACAGAUAUAUUUCUUGGAAAUAGUGUGAAAUGAAAUGAAGGAUGAUCAGAUAAAUUGAAAGAUUUUUGGUAAUUUUGACAUAAUCAUGUACUGUUUUUUACUUUCGGACGUUUUUUUGCAUUUUCAGUUGAAUUCUGAAGCUGUCACUUUCAGUUCUAAAAGAGAAAUUGCUAUUUAUAGCUUGUGCCUAAAAUUGAACAUUACUCUAUUAUUUAUUUUUGUGUGGUAUUAUCACAGACAGUGAUUUCAAAAGUUAUGAUAUAAAUAUUGUAUGUAAAAAUAUUCUGUUCACAUUAGAACACUUAUGUUGUUGUAUUUCAAAAGUAAUCUAAA